GUCAACACUAGAUAGAUUCGUUUUCAAGCUCGCGAGUUAUCUUGCUGGCCUCUGUUGUUCACCAAGAAAAUAUGGCUAGAAAAUUAUUAUUAACGUUCAAUAGUACUCUACCCACUACAACUGCAAGUUCCGGAAUCAACUCUAUCCAACAGCUUUUUGCAUAUGGACAACAAACACCAGGAGCAAUAUCCAUUGUUGUAGGUUUUCAAGAUAAGCUGAUUUGUACUGUAGCACCAUUGACCACAUCAGCAGAUCAGGAAUCAGCAACAAAAAAGAUCAAAAGAUGGGAUGAAGAAAUAGACAAUGAUUUAGUAAAAGAGAUGCUCAAUUCAAAUAUUUUUAGCUACAAAUAUAUUCGAAGAGCCAAGGUUUGCGAUUAAUCCAUUCGGAGCGACAACAGACUGAAAUUUAUUACCAUGAAUUCUUUUAUGUCCAUUUUACAUAAUUCUUUGCGACUGUACAGGUCUACAAACGGGUCGAACGGUCCCAUCCAUGAACCCCCCCCCCAACAGUUGUUGAGCGGUGCAC